CAGUACCAAAUACGCCCGAUAUGUGAAGCACCACGCUGGAAGGAUAUUUGUUUAUCUGGGGCAGGAGCAGAGACUGCGAAAUAAAGCUUACCUUUUUGAUAUAUUCGAAGAGUCUUUGCCACCACCAACACCGCUAACGACCUCAAUUGAAGAUUCCUACAUAAGCAUGACAUCACUUCCGCUUCCAGCUAUAGUAGAUAACCAGGGACAGCUUUUAGGAGCAUCUGUGGAGUACUUGGUAUUACAAAUGUUAAAAGUUAUGGAGAGAAAUAUCCGUAAGAGUUCAGAAGAGAAUCGAACGUCCCCAGAAGCUGAAGCUCAUCAUACAAACAAUAGAGAGAAGAAUACUGGGGAUGAGUUGAACAUGAUCCAGUUCAUCUUAACAUGUCUUCCUGCAGUCGUGGAUCCUAUUAUUAUCUUUAGGUUACUCCAACAUCGAUUAACAGGUGGAAUGGAUCUUAAACGUUUGUCUCUGACCUCAUACAGAAGCAGUGCGCCCUUGGCAGAGUCCUGUAGUGUCAAGAUCAGUAGCACCCGGAAUUCUGGAGGAAACCAAGAAGGACUGAGAUCCAGGCGAAAAGUAAACCUAACCAUCACAUGCCCCCCUUCUCCAACAGCUCUCUCGGAAAUCGAUGCCAGAAAACGUGACUCAGUGAAUAGUUCCCUAGAGACCAGAUUAGUUAUCCAAACAUCUCAACCAAUCACUUCAUUAAGGAUUACUAUGAGCCGCAACGCUAAUCAUAGUCAUGAUUUCGCUGUACUUGACAAGGAGCCUGUACUCAUCUCAGGUCCAGGGGCUUCGCCUACCACCCCUCUCACUUCCCCCUCCCAACCAAAACGAAGUUUUCAUUUUUCUAGUUUAAGAAAGAAAAUGGUAAAGACACCGAGCAAUCUCCCCCAUGUCACUACGCCUCAGAGUGGAAGCACUAACACAAGUGAGGCGGACAUUAUGGCGUUUCAACGUGAACUACAAAACCUACCAGACUUGAAAACAAAGCCGUCCGAUUCUACUAAUUGGAGUGACGUACCUGGAGCCCUCCAAUCUCACUUUUGCCGUCCCCGUUCCCGUUCCGUACCCCGAGUGACCUUUGACACUGGCACAGUCCACAUGUCGGGACCUUUGAUUCGUAGUGCUACUAUGAGCAGUUCUUGUCCCGUGAAUUAUAAACGAAGAAGUUCAAGUUCUCAAACUCUGGCUAAUGCUAACCGAAGUGCAGAAAGCCCCCAGUCUGAAGGAGCAGAGGAUCUUCCCCUUGAUCAGCGUUCUGUUCUACAACUGUUGAAGUACUGGGCUGAAUUAACAAGACACGACUUCACCUUUUCCACAUCCAGUUGCAAAGAGGUUCUAGAUUUUCUCACCAGAGUGUCUUGUUUGGGAGGUCAAUAUCAAAUGUGGGCUGAAGAAUUUCGCUUAGAACUCAAUUUACAGGAAAUAGCGUUGGAUGAGGAUAGACAAGAUGAUAUGGAGACUAUUAACAGGGAAUACCAGAGGCUCCAGCAGAUGGUAGUGAAAGGUUAUCUCCCGUGCUCUAAGGAAGAAGCUGCUAUUCUGGCGGGAAUUCAACUUCGAUUAGAAGGAACUUGGCCACGUCCGGUUGAUGCAUGUGAAACUUUACUUAAACCAAUCAGAGAAGACAUUAAGGAAGAUACUGCAUUAGAUACGUAUAAUUCUCAUCACUCACCGCACCACGUUAGAUGGGGAUCCUAUGAGGAAUACAAGUUUGUUGAUGCAGGCGACGCCUACCGGGAAACAAAUAAAACUGUAGCUACAAUAUCUCCUGAUGCUAAAUUUUCUGGAGGUUUGAAGACUUUUAAACACUCAACCGAAGGAGGUCACGUUUGUGUUUCAGAUAUUAGUUUGCAAGACUGUGUACCUCCCGUUUAUCGGUCAACAAAGAAUAUGGUUAAAUUAAUAAAGGAACAAAAACGAAAACUCUUCCAUUCUCCAUUAUACGAAAGUGAGAUUCAUCUGAAAAAACUCUACACACAGACAUGUAAACGACUCCCUUCUUACGGUUGUCAAAUGUUCCAAGUGAAAGAGCUUUUACGAGGGAAAACAAAGAAACGGGCCACUAGAUUGAUGGGAAUCGGUCAAGAACGAAUAGUGCUGCUGGAUAUGAAGACUCUCCUUCCAGCUCGUUCACAGGCGACGACAGAUCUUCAACAAUGGCGAGCAGGCGGAGGGCGUUGUCGAGAUCGUCUCGUUCUCGAGUUUAGAAACACCAAGUGGACCUUUGUAGUUUCCUCUCAGGCAUCACUUCGGUGUAUUAGCUCUUUGUUAUGGGAAAUAAUUCAAGACUUAGACUCUCGGUUUCUAGUUGAACACGUCAUUACUACCGAGGAUCAAGCUGAUGAGAAAAAAAACUUAGAAAAGGGAAAAGGAUUGGAACGGUCAACACUUUAUAAACGAGAACUCGAGACUCUUCAGUCUCUGCUACAUUUUCCCGAAGAAGUGGCUUUUCAAUUGACGGAAGUCGAACACGACAUAUUUAUUCGAAUCAGACCACUUCAUUACGUUCGACAGGUCGCUGUCGAACUUGGACAUCGACCAAAGCAAGCACCAGUGAGCCACGAGGAGUUUACUGUCCAGAAGUUAAUCAAGAGAUUUAACGAAGUAAGCUCGUGGGUGACGCAUGUGAUUAUCUCUCAGCCCACACAUGAAGAAAGAAAGAUGAUGUUAUCUUGUAUUUUAAGAGUGUCUCUUUCUUGCUGGAACAUUGGUAACUUUAGUUCUACUGUGGAGAUUCUUGCUGGUUUAAAAUCAGAAAAACUCAAACCAUUUUGGUCAUCCUUACCGGAAAAAGAACAUUCCAAAGUGCUAGAAAUGUUGAACGGCGUGCUUUUAAACCCUAUACCCUCGUUAGAAUAUAAAGAAGCUGUAAAUCGGGCUUUAAACAUUCCGCAAUGUAAAGUAGUGCCAUUUUUCGGGAGUUUCUUACGUCAUCUAAAAGAGGUAUCAAAAGAGUUACCAAACCUGGUGGUGUUGCCACCUGACAAGGAUCAACCACUCAAGUUUUUAACGGACUUUCAAGUGGAAGAUCACUUCACUACGAACACUGGAGUCGCCGGAGUGAUAAACAUGGACAAAGUUCGAAAAGUGCAGGAAGUUCUGGAAGAAAUUAGGAUGUUUCACCAGCAUAGUGAGCAAAGAAAUCAGACACAAUCUCAAUCUACUACAAAUGCAAAAGAAGAAGGUCCAGAAGAUGAAAACCUAUAUGAAUUGGAUUUCACUGCGUACAGACCAAUACAACCUUUAGGCAUUGCACACGAAGUGAGUUUUGUGUCGCUGCGGACAUCCAGGCUGGACCACCAUCUCCUUCAGUGUAUGCAGCAUGGUACAACAAUGAUCCACGUUGAUGAAGAGGGAUCUCGCUCAUCAGUGUGUUUCUUAAGGCUAGAACAAAAUAAUGCUACUGUGUCUUGGUGUAAACCGGCCUGGACUACUCCACGUAGCAGCAGCAGCCACGAUUGUUCGCUUAGUGCCAAUUUAGAAGAUAUGGUGUCUCCAGGCAUUGUUCUAAAGUACGAAUAUGCGGAUGUUAUCUUCAAUGGUUUGGAAGAGGGUUAUUUAGAACUGAGUCACGUCAAAAAGAUAACUUUGGGUCAAAGAUCAACAGACUGGACAGCAAUCUCGCGUCGUCAUGGCCUUGACGACUUACCAGGAGAUAAUUGUUGCCUUCGCCUUACUUUCGGAAUGGGGUUAUCAGACAACAGAGUCGUGGAGUUCAUUGCUCCAGCUUUAACGUUGAGAGUUUGGCAACAGGGUCUUCUGCAACUGGUAGCACUACUGAAGGAACAGCAACGUCUAUCCGAUCGUCGUAUUUUCUGGUUAAAAGAACAAUAUCUAUCACUGUUUCUAGAGGGCGAAGCGUGUUUAGGCCCAACACCACCAGAGGCUAUCAAGGUUUUUGGAGGGAGAAAGUGGACUUUGAACUCUCUUGGAGGAAGUAGUUCCUCAAUGGAAACGUCUAUGUCUGCCUUCAAAAGGGCUUCAAGUUUUGGAAUGCCAACGGGGAAAAUUAGAAAGAAAAAAUCAUCUUCAUCUUUAACAACAGUACAGGAUAGCACUGCCAAACUUCACGUCAGCAGUGAGCCCACCAUUUCUGUCGAUUUGUUACUCCGAACCCACAGCCCCUCAACGAAGCGACGGAGAACAGCAAAGAAAUCCAUUUCUUCUCUUGGUAGCCAGCCUCAAGAAAAAGAUGAAGUGGUGAAAACUCAAACGUUUCAUCCUUCCUCGAUGUCUCUAAACGAGGAGAAUAAGUUUCCUCAUAAUGAAUCGCUCAUGAACCCAAUGUCUAUGAGCGCAUCGUUUAGGGAGAACUGGCGUCGGAGGUUUACAGUGAGUUCAGAUAAAACACUAAACUUUUGCUACUCUGCUAUUACACCUACAACGGAGAUGGAUUUUUUGGAUUUCAUGGAACUUUUUCGUUCGUUCAUUGUAAGAUACCGCAAAGACCUGAAAGAUUUGUUUGAACAGAUAGCUGUUGGCGUGAGAUGUACUGAAGAACCAUCUGUUCCUAAUUCAGCUGAGCUAUUCAGAGCAACAAGGUCCAUAUCCAGUAAAGUCUUAGGUUUGCUAACUAGAAAUACUCCGUUUGAUUUGCACGUAAACAGCCAGAGAAAGAAAAGCUGUGAUGCUAUCGCAGCUGCCAGUAUUGUUUCCAACUGUGCUGGUUUGGAGUCUUCGCAAGUAAUGGUGAUAGGGUUGAGAGAGUUUCAGAGUUUUUUGGCACAUCACCAAGGAGAAGAGCUUUCAGACCUUGACGUUGCUGCCCUAAUACAGCGCCACGAACCUGACGCCACCUUACGUCAAAAUAUGUGGCUAUCUUUUGACGGUUUCGCCAGGUAUCUUAUGGAUAAAUCUAACUAUGCCUUUAUUUCUGAAAAUACUAGCUCUCACCCUGAGGAAAUGUGUCAUCCUUUGUCGUAUUACUACAUUGCCUCAUCUCAUAACACUUACCUCACUGGACAUCAGCUCAAGGGCGAGUCAUCAGUCGAUCUUUAUAGUCAGGUGCUGCUGACAGGUUGUCGAUGUGUUGAGCUUGAUUGUUGGGAUGGCGAUGAUGGUCUACCAGUUAUAUAUCACGGGCACACACUCACCAGCAAGAUUUCCUUUAAGGAUGUUGUGGAAGCUAUUAAUAACAGUGCCUUUGUGACGUCACCAUACCCGGUCAUCUUGUCUGUUGAGAACCAUUGCUCUAUGCAACAACAAGCCAAGAUGGCGCAAAUAUUUACGAAUGUUUUUGGAGAGAAGCUUGUAACCAAGUAUCUGUUUGAUCCUGAUAACGUGGAUGAAACGCCACACCUACCUUCUCCAGAGCAGCUCAAAUAUCGAGUGCUGAUAAAAAACAAGAAGCUCAGAAAUCCCGUAACACCUGCUUUAACAUCAAGACAAAGGGGAAAAUCAUUUGCUGAUCGUACCAAUAGCAUCGUUUCCACAACGAGCACAACAUCAUUGAAUGAUGAAGAUUAUGAUGAUUUUGAUGAUGACGACGAUGAUGACGAUAUUUUGGAAGAUAAAGAUGUGGUGCUAACAAGGUCUUCCUUGACCGGAAGUUUAACUCCAGUAGGAGAACAAGAGGAUGAACAAAGUAUUGUAAGUAAAUCUGUAUCAAUGAUUGGACGUACAGACUCCUUGUCUAGCCAAGAGGGUUCCUGCAAAGAAAAAACUCUAAGUCCAGGAACCUGUACCAGUGGAGGAAUACAACGACAGCGAAAUCAGCUGGACAUGGCUGGAGACUUUAGUCAACUGGACGAUGAUGUACUUUACCGACAGCGAAAGUCCAGUUACCAGAUUGCACAAGAACUGUCAGAUCUUGUUGUUUACUGUCAAGCGGUAAAGUUUCGAGGUUUUUUUACCGAUACCAGCCCCACAAGUUCGACAAGAAUGAAAAAAAUAGGAAGUAAGAAAAAUGUCUUGGCUACUGGAAGUGCUUUAUCGUCAGGAGUCAGUCAGAGUCAGAUAGAUAUCAGACCAGAAUUUACCUCUCCUGGUGGAAAAAGAACGUCAACAGUCAUGCCUUGUCAUCAGGUUUCUUCUUUGAAUGAAAGCAACGCUAAAAGACUUUGUAAACGUCAUUCAUUACCUUUAAUAGCUCACUGUGAAAAGCAGCUGAUGAGAACAUACCCAGCGGGAAUGAGGAUUGACUCGUCUAACUUCAAUCCAGUUAUCUUUUGGGCCUUCGGGCUUCAAAUGGUGGCACUGAAUUACCAAACUGAAGAUUCUGCACUUCAUGUAAACACGGCCAUGUUCGAACAAAACGGACGAAGUGGAUACGUCCUUAAACCGCCCGUUUUGUGGGACCGGUCUCACGUGAUGUAUGGACGGUUUAAUCCCUGGGAUAAAGAAUUUGACGGUCUCCACACAACCAGUUUCAUGAUAACUGUGAUCUCUGGGCAAUAUGUUUGCCCUAACAGUUACACCGGCAGCCCCCUGGUGGAAGUUGAGAUAAUAGGCAUACCUGUUGAUGGAAGUAGACUAAAGACGAAGUUGGUCCAGAGGAACGCGCUAAACCCUAUAUGGGGCAAUACUUUUGUAUUCAAGGUGACAUUUAGGGACCUGGCAUUUCUUCGCUUUUCGGUUUUUGAUAUGAGUACAAGUCACAUUACAGCACAAAGAGUUCUUCCACUCAAAUGUCUCAGACAAGGAUACCGUCAUAUCCGUCUACGGAACCCUCAGAACCAGCCUUUACCACUUUCAACGCUAUUCAUUUACUCUAAGUCAGAAGAGGAAGGCUUAGAACUACCACAGCGAAACGAUGAAACUCUGGAAACAACGAGUCAGGGAAGAAGAGCGAAAACGAAACAAAAAGACGGAACUACUGUGGAGAUAUCAAAGCAUGAUGUUGCAUCUGUUGGAGGAGUUCCUUCGAAAAGAAAGACAUUUUUCCUCAUGAUCUAUGGAGUCGUUCCAGAAGAAUCGAGCACCAUUUUGAAAGUCACACAGGACAGUACCACUAGAGAUGUCAUUUCCCAGGCACUCCUUAAAGGUAACAAAGCUAACGAAUCAGUCGAUGAAUACGUUCUAAUAGAAGAGGUUCAGCGUGGAUGGGACAGACGUAGAUCUGAGAAGGCACCAUUACAACGGUUUUUAGACCCUGAAGAGAGGCCUAUCGAGGCUCAAGCUCAUUGGCAAGGAGAAGGCAAAUUUAUUCUCAAGAAGCUAGGAACUGAUCCGAGCACCAGGGCGUGGGUUACGACAAUACGUAGCACAUCGUGUAAGGAAGUGCUCCAGAGACGUCAAGAAAGUGAGACGAGCUGUGAUGAGCUUCAGGACUGGGGGGGAGAGGAGGAGACGUUCUUAGUUUGUGUGUAUAAUGUUUCACCGGACCAGCCGUACGCAAUUCUCAGAGCUCCUGUAACAAGUACAGCACAGGACAUCAUAGCCCAGGCUCUUGUUAAGGCACAUCGUAUGGAAAAUCCUUCAAGUUUCGUCUUGGUCGAAGAGGUCGAAUAUCCCUAUGUGACUGAAGCGACACCUUCUGGUAAUUCUCGACGUCAGGGUGUGCAGAAAGAAACUCGUGUUAUCGACGACGAAGAAAACAUUUACAGAACCCAGUCGCGUUGGAAAGCUAAAGGUUGGCUGGAACUGAAAGAAAGGAAAGAGGUGUUUCUGGAACUAGACAAUAGAAGAGACACGAAAUUGGGGGGAUUUGACCGGAUACGAAAACUAAGAAACUCAUUGAGAUUGAAAGGGACACUGACCAGGGACCAGAACCUUCCCCUCAGGACUGUACACAGCGAAGGAGAACAAGAUGCUGAGAACGAAAUAAAAAGAAAUUCGUCGACUGUUGCUAAACUCAAGCGGUUCUCAUUUCGAAAACUGAGUAUCUGGAGAUGAGUAGAUAUAACAACAAGUGCAUUGAUAUGAUUAUGUAACUGCUGUAUUCUAUUUAUAAUUCUAAGGUCAUAUCAAUGGUGGGGCUACUUACAAAGGAGAGGGCUACAAAUAUACUUAUUAUCCAGAAGAUGUAAUAAUCAUUAAGAUCUAAAAGAUUAUAGAAAAGAAAGAACUUAAAACAGUAGCAUUAUUUUGAUGAAAAGUGAAUACAAUUUUGUGUAAUUGGCCGGGAAAUGCUAAACGUGGUAGAGUACUUAAAUAGAAUUAUUUCAAGUGAAAACAGAAAGUUUCAAAAUGUAUGUAAAAGGCCAUGGACAAGAGUCUUAUAUGCGUACUGAGUGCCAUUAUAAUAAGUAUUUCAGGUAAAAUAAGACAGAUAACCUAUCUCACAUUUCUGUAGAAUCAUAUGACUAGAAUCUGCCUGCCUUCGUUCCCAUCCCAUAAAUUCUAGGAAUGAAAUAGACACUUUCAUAGUUUCUUCAUUAAAAUAAACGUAAACAGGUUCUUUGGGAAGAAAAGAUAAUCAAGCUUUUUAUUAAAUAGCCCAUUGUUUUCUGGGCAUUCCACUUUAAAGAUAAAAAUUCCAAGUUGUGUUCUUAGAAGUAUGUGAAUAAAGUGCACAUUUUGUAUAAAUAAGUUAUUAUGCCGAGGGAGUACCGAAUUGUUAUAUUUUACAAAAUUAUUAAGAACCUACUACUCUGUAGAACCUCCAAUUUUGUUUUAUUGCGCUUAGAUUACUAUUAUUCUUCAUCUCCCUGUUAUAAGAAAGAAACUCAUUAGGCACUUGUAAUCACUAUUACAAUUUAAAAUUACUUUAACUACUUUAUUGUUUUCGUAUUGAGUAAACUGGUAGAGAUUUCUCAACAGGAAUAUCGGUUUGAAUUAUCUAACUUGCUUCUACAACCAAAAUAUAACGCUAUUUUAACUGUGUGACUAUACUGAAUUCUAAACAUAUCACUUCGGUUUGAGUAAUCGAAUAGCCCACACAGGAUUUGUUUAUGACGUAUUUUUAUAAGCAUUGUAUGUUAUGAGUCUGUGGUCCGAUAAAGAUAACGGCAUGCCCACUAGACGAGAAACCUGUCUCUAUUCCAAAACUGCUUACUCCAUUUGCAUCCCAGCGAAGUUUUAUUGACGCAUCUAGCCAAAUAGCUGUAUUAGUAAUAUGUAUUUAAAUAUAAUUGUCUUGUUUCUGUAGGAUAGUAUAUUUUAACUAAAACAACCUGUGCCUUAGAAUAAACGUGAAACAUUCUAUUGGUUAAUCAAAAGAUAAACAAGGAGCCUUAUCUAACACUCGUUCUCAUACCUGAGUUGCUUAAAUCCGCGAUUUACAAUUGUGAGUUAUGAAAACAGUAACGUUACUAGUUAGCUUUAUAAUAUUAAACAAAAACAUGAAAUUUGAUAAAAUCAUCUUUAAAUAAUUAAUAAACUACACCUAGUUUUGCUCUAAGUCUAAGGUUGAAAGUAAGCAAGAAUAUCAUUAUUUAUAUAAAAAAAAAAACAUAUAUUUUCGUGACUUUUGUUACAGCACAAAUAUUAGUUCCCAACUGAUGGUAAAUACCACCCUUAUGUUACCUGAUAUAUAUAUAUGUACGCACUAGUAUACUAUUUUAUUAGCUGCAUUUGUAGGAACUAGUAUAAUAAAUUUUAUUAGUUGGUAUAUCUGUAGCUACUAGUAUAAUAUUCUAUUAGCUGGUAUAUCUGUAGCUAGUAGUAUAAUAUUUUAUUAGCUGGUAUAUCUGUAGCUAAUAGUAUAAUA